AUGGUAAAACGACGACGAGCGUGCAGCGAUUCCAUCAUCGACGGCGGCGGCGACAGCAGCGCGGCAGCCCACCCCGUCCGGCAGAAGCGGCGAGCUCGUGCGCAAGCAGGUGACGGGGCCGCUAUGCUGUGGCACUGCUUCGCUGUCUGUCUGCUGGUGGUGACGGCCGGUGCUGUCCCGCUGGAGCUGUCGGGUCUGGCCGACGAGGAGGAGGCAGUGCAGCCAGUGGACGCCGGAGAGCCUGACCCUCCGGGAGCAGAGGAGUCGGCCGAGGCCUCUGGCGAGGCGACGGGUGGCGCCUCCUCGGAGAUCGCCAGCUUCCUCACCGAGAGCCUCACGGAGCUGGGACACAUGUUCUUCGGCACGCCCAGCAACGAGACAGGCAAGAAGGUGUCGUCGUGGAGCAGCGAGAGCGGACACAACCCAGAAGAGAUGGGCGAGUACUUCCAGGGCGACAUCAUCCAGCCCAUGUCGAGGAACGGCAUCCGGGCCAAGGGCGCCCGCUGGCCCCACGGCGUCGUCCACUACCAGAUCAGCCCCGGCUUCAGUGACGAAGCAAUGGCGAACAUCAAGGGCGCGAUGCGCGCCUACCACAAGCUGACGUGCGUCCGCUUCCGGCCGUACACGGGCCGCGAGACGGACUACAUCUACAUCACGCACGGCAACACGGGCUGCUGGUCGAGCGUGGGGCGGCUGGGUGGCGCGCAGGAGGUCAACCUGCAGGACCCGGGCUGCACCGGCACGCUGGGCACGCCCGCGCACGAGCUCAUGCACGCGCUCGGCUUCCUGCACGAGCAGAACCGCUACGAGCGCGACAAGUACGUCACCAUCAACUGGCAGAACAUCGAGCCAGGUCGCGAACUGAACUUCAAGAAGUCGACGAAAGAGGAAACCUUCGCUUAUGGAGUGAAGUACGACUACAACAGUGUCAUGCACUAUUCUGCGAAUGCCUUCUCCAUCAAUGGACAGCCCACGAUCGUGCCAGCAGAGAGCAAGGCGAAGCUGGGUCAGCGUAAAGGUCUGAGCAAGGGCGACCUGCGUAAGAUCAACGGCAUGUACAAGAAGGAGUGUCAGAAGCGCAAGUCAUCCAAGGCUUAA